AGUGGAAGAGAAGAAUGUUUGUCUCUUCCUACUUUGACUGUUCUUAUUCCACUGGUUUCUUUAACAGGACUGUUCUACUCAGCCUCUGUGGAAGAAAACUUCCCACAGGGCUGCACUAGCACAGCCAGCCUUUGCUUUUACAGCCUGCUCUUGCCUAUUACCAUACCAGUGUAUGUAUUCUUCCACCUUUGGACCUGGAUGGGUAUUAAACUCUUCAGGCAUAAUUGAUGCAACUAGAGUCAAUAUGCUGUAUGUAUUAACGGUGGUUCUUGAGCAUCUAUCUCUGAAAGCUCAAAUGGAUGGAAUUGAGUUUGUGGGAAAGAGGCUUUGCUUUGCGCAUAUCAGGCUUAGGACUGUGGGAGGCUUAAGUUGCAGAUGCUUCUUUUAUUGUGCUCUUGUUCUGCCCUUGUUUUUUGAAGGCUCUGACUUAUAACUGCUGUAUCAG